AUGGAAAGCCAAGACCCACCAAACCCACCACCACCUCCAUUAAUGCUACCACCCCAAAACCAAAACAACCCUUUUCUCUUCACGCCUUCAAUGUUGCAAAACCCUCUGGACAUCCAAGAUCAAGGGCUCUCUGACAUUGAUUGGAGUAACCUUUUCUCUACCCAAAAUAGCUUAUUGCUUAAUGCGGAUGCUAAGGACACCAUUGAAUGCGCUUCUUCGUCUUCUUUCAUGGCUGAAAACAAUGGAGCUCCUGAAGAGGAAAAGGGGAAUAAGGAGAAAAGGAAGGGGGGGAGAAUGAAGAGGACCACACGAGUUCCAAGGUUUGCGUUUCAAACAAGAAGUGCAGAUGAUAUUUUAGAUGAUGGUUAUCGUUGGAGGAAAUAUGGGCAAAAAGCUGUGAAGAAUAGCACAUAUCCCAGAAGCUAUUACCGCUGCACUCAUCACACAUGCAAUGUGAAGAAACAAGUGCAAAGGCUAUCCAAAGACACAAGCAUUGUGGUGACGACAUACGAGGGAAUUCACAAUCAUCCAUGCGAAAAGCUGAUGGAAACUCUAACCCCUCUUCUGAAGCAAAUACAAUUUCUUGCUAGCUUGUAA